CACAAACAGAGAGAGAGAGAGAGAGGGAGAGAGAGGGAGGGGGCGGGGCGUACCUGGUGUAUGUUGCAACUUUCAUGUGACUCACACUUCUCAACUACCUUGACAAGCUCGAGCUGAGAGGAAAUACACUCCCCAGGGUGGGUCACCAAACACAGCCAUAAAAAAGGUGAAUGUUCACAGCUAGGUAUUAACAGCUUGGCUCGACUCGCCGCUCACCGUGCCAGUGUGCAGUUGAUCUUCAAGUUAAUCUCCAACCUAAAGUCAUGGAGAGGCGGGCGACACUGGACUUGUUUGACAAGGUUUUUGAGGAGAAAAAAGCGGUAGAACUCAAACCUCUCUGAGUAUCGUCAGGCAAAAUGUUUCUCCCUGGAUGGUUCGCUUGGUGGGUCUUACUGACCCUACGCAUGUCUGCCUGUGUUUUGGAGAUUUCUGGAUAUGACAUCGAUGAGGUCGUUUGCUCACAGGGUCUCUCUGAAUGCUCCAUGAAGGAUGAGGGGCCCCUUCUGGCAGAGAACGAUGGUGUGGAUGUUCAAAAACUAACAGCACAUUUCCAGCUCUGCUCAAAGACCAAAGAGUCGUGUACAUUAUGCCUGGUGAUAGACGCAGAGCUCCACAUCCGUCUGGGUGAUGACAUGGAGGAUGAAGGCUACUCUGGGCUUGAUGAGGAGGAAGAAAGUGAGGAGACGAGGAAUCCAAAAGCGUCUGUGACGAUGUGUUACCAAACAGCCUCGACCAUACCCACAUGCAAGAAGGUGGAGUUUGCAGUCAAUCAAACAGCUUUCUCUCAGCAAAACCCGGCAAAGGUGUCCAUGGUGAUUACUAAGCCAGCUGGGGUUUCUUUCAGCAGCAGAGUGUCUGUAAAUCUUCCUAAAUUACAUCUGACUCGAGAGGUUGUUGCUCCUUCUCCAGAAACAGUGUGUUCCGGGGAGAAGAAGACAUGUGUGGAAGAGUGUAGUGUGCCAGAACUCAGGAUUGUAAUUCCAAAAGAGAUGGACCACGUGGAGCUGCAGUUCGAUGGCAGAAAUGAUGGCCUCCCCUCUGUGUGCAUCCAAUAUGAGCAGGAUGGGACAUGUCCGGGAUGGAACAGGAUGAGCAUCCCACUCUAUUCUGUGACUCACUGCACGUGUCUCCAGGCAUGGUAUGAUGGGAAGUAUGUGCGCUCUCGUAAAUGCCCCUUCAGAAACACGGGUUUUGCCCAAAGGAACGUGUGGAAGAACAUGUCAGUGUCCGUAGGCCAGGGUCAAACAAACAGCUAUGACCCAAUGCUGUCGUGGAACCUAUCUGCCCCCUGCAGGCUGGAGGGUGAGGUGUGGCCCUGUCACAAGGGGGACAGCUGCAGGGAGAUGAAGGGCUUCAGACAACAACUGGCAAAUGGAACAUGGAGUCAAAACCGCAAAGGACUCUGGGUGAAAACAGGGACAUUUCAGGACAUCAACCUUCAGCCAUCAACAUGUGUUAUGGUGAAAAUAAAUGGAAUGGGACAUGAGCUGGGUCCUUUCUGUUUUAAUAACACUGACAGAUGGCGCUGGAGUCUCCUGGCUGUCGGAGUUAUGUUGCUGGUUUGCUUGACUGUGCUUGUGUUUUAUAUACUUCAUGGCUUUGUCAAAAAAUGUGUGUGGAGCUGCCGCCAUGGUGGAUUUGUGAAGGUCGGCAGAGGGGGUCACGUUGUGCUGCUGAGCCCCCCCGACGUGGACGAUGGCGUCGCAAAAUCAGUUUGUCAACUCGGCUCUCUGCUUGGCAACCGAGGCUUCAAUGUGUCUGUUGACCAGUGGAGCAGGAAGGAGCAGUGCAUUCUGGGGCCUCUGCCAUGGCUGCACUCCCAGCUACUGAAGCUGAACAGCCAGGGGAACCGAGUUGUGGUUGUUUUGAGCCACAGAGCCUUGGAGAGAACAAAGGAAUGGACCAUUCCGCAGAGGGAGGUUAUCAGGACAGAGAAGGAAGACAUGGAUCUCCCUCAGAUUUGGUCUCCUUACUCUGAUGUGUUUACAGCCUCCCUGUGCCUCAUUCAGGCAGACAAGCGGCUGGGAAGGGCUGGAGAACGUUUUCUUCUGGUGAAAUUUGACUCCAAUCCAAGUAAAGAUAGGAACCUACCAGAGCUUCUUCAGGGGCUGCCUCUAUUCCACCUCCCCUCUCAGACCCAGGCCCUCCUGACUGAGCUCACAUUGGAGAGGACACAGAGGAGAUCAGGUGGAAAGAAAUGGGCAAGGUGGAAAUGGGUUGGCUCGGAUGGUUGGAGAGCAAAGACUAAAGAGGGACCAGACCUGCAGUGGAAGGCAGCUCCAUGUUAAUUCAUUGGAGUUGAUAAAAACUUGGAGACAAAGCCCUUAAAGCAGCCUUGAAGGUCAAAAGGAAACAAAGAUCAUGCACUCUGAAAGGUUGGCAAUAUUCUAUAAUGUGGUUAUUGUCAUCCCAUUAGAAGACCAAAAUCCACAGUGAGUGAUUCUACACCUCAAUUCCCUCGAGGCCAUUUGUGGCCACCUCAUAUCUCAGGUUUUUACACUUUUCCUGUUUUUGAUUUGAAGGUUUAAUAUCCAUAAAAAUGUAUUAUAUUAAAUAUUAAAUAUAUACAUU